GCAUGUCGUCCCAAAACUAAGUCGUGUUUGGUUUGACCAUUGAAGAGGACCAAGAAGCAAAGGUGACGCAGAAAGCCAACAUGGGAAGGUCGAGGAAGGGCUGCAUGAAAGGGAAGGGAGGCCCUGAGAACGCUACGUGCACUUUCAGAGGAGUGAGGCAGAGAACUUGGGGCAAAUGGGUGGCGGAAAUACGCGAACCCAAACGUGGUGCUAGGCUCUGGCUAGGCACUUUCAACACUUCCACGGAGGCAGCGCUGGCUUAUGACGACGCCGCCCGAAAGCUCUACGGCUCCUCCGCCAAGCUCAAUUUGCCCGACCAAUCAUCCUCCUCCGCCUCCACGUCUUCGAAAACGAGUUCAGGUUCAAGUUCUAAUGAUAAAGGCGGUGGUGGAGAGCACAACAAUAUCAAGCAAGAAGCUUAUAAUUCAUGUGAUGAUGUGCAUCGAGGUUGGAAUAAUGAUUAUAAUAAUGGAGAGAUAAGUGAUUAUUGCUUGUGGGAGAGUAAUCCUGUGCUGAGUGCAGACUGGUCUGGGGUUUGUGGGGAGAGGGAGUUCUUAGAGAUGAAUGAUAUAGGAGUUAUGAUGGGUGGAAAUGAAUUUGUAAGUUGUAAUAUGCUUCUUUGAAAGAAGCUCCAUGGAACUUGUAAUGAAGGUUUCAAAAUAAGGAGAGCGUAUGUAGGAAUAAUUGUUUAGAAGCUAGCCUUGUGGGUUUAUAUGGUUCUUUAGGAAGGCUUCCCUUUUGUUAUGUUUUCAUCU